CUAAAUUCGCACGACGACCAUCAAAAAUAUCUUCCACCAUGGUCCAAAUCGCCGGAGUCUACCAACAUCAGAAGAAUGAAAACCUGAAGGAAUUCGUCAUGGCCAUUGGCGAGAAUGCCGAGUUCGCCACCAAGGCCGACGCCGCCACCUCCUCCAUGGAGUUCGUCGUCAGCGGUGACAACUACACCGUCAAGAACGUCUACCCAGACAAGACCGUCACCUUCAGCUUCACUUUGGGAGCGGAAUUCGACGAUCCAAUGCCAACUGGUAUAAGUUUCAAGAGCGUUGCCACUUUGAACGGUAACACCAUCGCCGUCAAGACCUUCCUCAAUGGCGCUCAAAUCGGUUACCGUAACUACGACUUCUCCGACUCCGGUUGCGUUAUCACCAUGGGAGCCACAGCCACCACACACGUUGCCAAGCGCAUCUACAGCAGGCAAUAAAAUGUUGCAAAUCUCUCUCGUUAUAACUUUUUAACAAUUAUACAAAUAUAUUUCAUUAAAACAAUGAACAAAUUCAUUUAAAACCU